AAUUUCUCACACCUCAUCUUAUCUUUCCUAUGUUGUCUAGCAAUUACUACUAUACUACUUCUACUACUACAACUAGAACUAGCUACCACACCACUAUUCCCACUACAACUAAUACCAUAAGUUGAGUUUCAAACAAAACUAUACUACGCCAUUGUUGAUUGUACCACCUAAACUUCUAAGACAACAACCUUUUAUUUUCUCCCUUUUCUCCUAAAAUUCCAAAUAGCCGAACAUACUUUUUUUAUAACACAUAUAUCAUUAUGCCUUCAAGACUCACCGAUGCUUUCAAGUCCCACCCAGUCCAUCUCCACCACAAACACCCUGACUUCAGCUCAUUGGAGGAGUUGCCGGACUCCUAUGCAUGGUCGGCCCAGCCGGAGGAGCAGCCUUCCGGUGGAGACCGGGAGAUAUCUGUCCCAAUUGUUGAUCUAAAUGACCCAAAUGCCCUUAAGCUCAUUGGACAUGCAUGCAAAACUUGGGGUGCCUUUCAAGUCACCAACCACGGCAUCCCAACCCACCUUCUUGAUGACAUUGAGACCGCCGGUCGGAGCCUUUUCUCUCUUCCGGUUCACCAAAAACUCAAGGCCGCUCGCUCCCCUGAUGGCGUCUCCGGCUACGGUUUGGCUAGAAUUUCUUCCUUUUUCCCAAAGCUCAUGUGGUCCGAAGGCUUCACCAUCGUUGGUUCACCUCUUGAACAUUUUCGCCAGCUUUGGCCCCAAGAUUACGCCAAAUUCUGUGAUAUAAUUGAAGAGUACGAAACGGAGGUGAAGAGGCUAGCGGGGAGGCUGAUGUGGCUCAUGCUCGGUUCUUUGGGCAUAACAAAGGCCGACGUCAAAUGGGCUGGCCCGAAAGGUGAUUUCAAAGGGGCCUCUGCUGCUCUACAAUUGAACUCUUACCCGGCUUGUCCGGAUCCGGAUCGGGCCAUGGGUCUUGCUGCCCAUACCGAUUCAACCCUCCUCACAAUUCUCCACCAAAACAGCACUAGUGGGUUGCAAGUGCUCAAAGAGGGAAGUGGGUGGAUCACAGUUCCGCCCGUAGAAGGAGCUCUGGUGGUGAACGUGGGUGAUCUCCUCCACAUUUUGUCAAACGGGUUGUACCCGAGUGUCCUCCACCGGGCGGUUGUGAACCGGACCCGGCACCGGUUGUCCAUAGCCUAUCUUUAUGGGCCACCCUCUAGUGUCAAAAUAUCACCACUCCAAAGACUAGUAGGCCCAGGCCGUCCUCCCCUCUACCGGCCGAUCACUUGGAAUGAGUACCUUGGCACUAAGGCAAAGCAUUUCAACAAAGCACUUUCUUCUGUUAGACUUUUUUCUCCCGUAAAUGGAUUGAGCGAUGUAAAUGAUCAUAGUGCAGUCAAAGUUAAUUAAUUACACUAUUAAUAAUGAUAAUAAUAAUAAUAAUAAUAAUAAUCCAAUUUUCAUCCUAUUUUUUUUUU